AAUCAACCUCAGUGGAUAAGAGAACAAUCCAGAUUACACAUUCCGAUUGGAUCUCAUUUCUUUCAACUGACUUCAUCCCUAUAUUCCAUUUUCUCAUAGCAGCAAAUCCCAAUUGAACAUCAAAUCUUUUCCUUUACACCUUAGGCUUAACAAGAACUGCGUCAAUGGCAGCUACAAUAUCUACCAUGGCUAUGCUCAAUGCCAAGUGCUUAAGCACCAACACUAAGUGUUUUAAGCCCACCGCAAAACCAAUAUCUCUUCUCUCCAUGCAGAACCCACCGAAAGGCCUUGCCGCCUCAAUAUCAUCGGAAAACUCUGGUCUGUUUGCCAGAACUGCCCUUGCAAGUGCUGUUUUCUCGACAUUGAGCUCAUGUGAUCCUGCCUUUGCAGCACAACAGAUUGCUGAAAUAGCUGAGGGCGACAACCGGGGACUUGCCCUUCUUAUUCCCAUCAUUCCGGCAAUAGCUUGGGUGCUCUACAACAUCCUGCAACCAGCACUUAACCAGAUCAACAGAAUGAGAAGCAACAAAGGAGUUAUCAUAGGACUUGGUCUAGGUGGGCUGGCCUCAUGGAGUUUGAUGCAGCCAUCUGAUGCAUCAGCUAGUGAAAUUGCUAUGAUUGCUGAUGCUGCAAGUGACAACAGGGGGCAGCUUUUGCUGUUUGUCAUCACUCCUGCCAUUCUUUGGGUGCUGUACAACAUUUUGCAACCAGCUUUGAACCAGAUCAACAAGAUGAGAUCACAAUGAAAAGGGUUAUAUCUUUGUUCGGUGGAGUCACUUGGUUUAAUUACAUGUAAUUGCACAGUAUAUUAUUGAAUUUUCCCCAUGAAAAUUUUCCUCUCUUGGACCA